GUAAAUUUAGUUUAGUACAUUUAUAGUUAUCCCCUAUAAUCUUUAUUCAUUGCUUACCUAACUCCUGACACAUGCUCAGACUCUUCCGUCUGCAGGUUACAGGAAUGGAGUCCAAGUUGUUAGACUUUUCAAAGUCUCUUCAGAUAUGUAAGGCCUUAGAAUCAUUAGUAUCUCGGGGCUUUGGGCCACAGGGUCUACAGACAUUGAUGUGUACCUCCACUGGACAAGUCUUAAUGUCAAACAAUGGUGCAACAAUUUUUAAUGCAUUGCAUAUUGGUCAUCCAGUGGGAAGGUUAGUUGUGGAUGCUGUUAACCAGAUGACUCAGUACACAGGAGAUGGAAGUAAAGUUUUCAUCAUAAUGUUAACAGAUAUGUUACAGCAGAUAGACUUGAGGUAUUCUGAGAGAGAAAGAGGUGAAUUGAUAAGGGGCAUAACUCACUUUAAUCAACACCUUUUUCCUAGACUUCAGCAGCAUGUAUUAAAACAUUCAAGGACAUGCAAUUUAAGCAGUGAUAAAAAAGCAUUUUGUGAAAGCAUUGAGGGUGUGUUAAGAGGUGUCAUUUCCCCACACUAUUCUGCAAGGGUGGUAGAAAGUUUGACAAGAGUUGUGAUGUCAUCAUUGAACUUUGACCUGUCCCCUAGCCUCUUUCUGGAGCAGAUAUCAAUAAUGACACAAAACUUCAGUCAGCUGGCAAUUAAAAACAUUGGUUCAUCUAUAUCUGAUUCUGCAACAGUAGAUUCAUACAUUAUUCAAAGAGAUUUUGUUACUAAUUUUGAAAUGUGUUCUAUGGAUUGUGUGAAAUUUGUUGUUCUGAUGUGCUCAAUCGAAGGACAUAUAAACUCUGAGGAUGGAGAAUCUAUUUAUCUGUCCACCAAUGACAGUUUGGGGAAUUUUAUGAAAUAUCAAAGAGAACGAGCGGAAAAGUUUGCAUCCCUGUGUAAUGAACAGGAUAUAACUCUGGUGAUUAGUUCAAUGGGAAUACCCAAGUAUUGUCUACAAGUUCUCAGUUCCCAGAAAAUUUCUGUGAUACAUUAUGUGGAGGAAGAAGACGUUGAAUUCCUUAGUCAGAUGUGCCAAAAAAGUAUGAUUUCAGAAUUUCCCAUUACGAAAUUUAUGGAAAAGGAAAUAUUUCUAGCUUCGUCUUGUAAGAGAGUAAUCAUGAAUGGUAGACUCUGUGUUCAAGUGAUACCAAGUGGCGAGCAACUUGCUCCAUUUACGAAAACUCUUCUGUUGACAGCACCGACUGACGGAUUGUGUGCACAGCUAUAUACAGUCAUUCAUAAAGCCAUUAAAGCUGUGUAUUUGUCCCUUAAUCCUCCAUGUUUACUGAAGACCACAGAAGACAGUGAAAAUUGUACUUCUUUUACAUUACCUGGAGGAGCAAGUUUUGAACUUCUCUGCCGAGCAUUUUUGGUGAAGAUCAGCAGAAAUAAAAUUCACAAUAAGGAUAUGCAGAUGGCUGAGAUACUAGAAAGAGCUUUUUUAACUGUUACCAGAAUACUAUACAGAAAUGUGUCUGAAACAACAAUGAAUGAAACUCACAAUUUCCUUGUCAAAUUGUCCUAUAUACAAAAUGAGACUGAUUCAUCUACGGACAGUUUUAAAUGUUUCGGAUUUGACAGAAGAGGAACUGUUAAAGAUAUGGAGAAGGAAGGGGUGCUGGAGUCAUUAAAUGUUAAGUUCCAUGUUGUUUCUUGUGUACUUAAUUUAUUGAGUACAAUUUUGAAAACUAAUGGUAUAAUUGGAAUAAAAAAUGCUUAACUUUU